AUGGAAGGGGAGAACUCGUCGUUUCCAACCCUUCAGGUGAGUCUUGGAAACCCAAGGUCUUCCGAUGAGCCUGUCGCUGCUCCCGAGCGACACUUCACGACACUGUUCCCUUUGAUUUGUGAACUUGACACCCUAGGGGCUCUACCGGCUCUCGUCUUCAACUAUGACCGCCAAGAAUGCGAACAAUGUGUCCAGCACAUGCUGUCUCAACUCAAAGCCGCAGAAGAUGACUUCAAAGAAAAAGACCAGGCAUGGCGGCAAAAGGUCCAGAAGUUUGAGCAAUGGAGAAAACAAAAGGAGAGUGGUCCUUCUCUUGAUCGAUCCAAAACAAUAGAAGGUAACCUUUCCAAGCUGGACUUGGCUCGUGAAGAGGCCAGCAUUGAGACCAGCGUGUGGGAAAGCUUCGAUCCAAAUGCGCCGUUGGAUCGAUUCAGCUUUGCAGACACAAAAAAGGCACAGCAAAGUCAGCUCAACGAUAUGGUGUGCAGUCUGAGUAAGGACAAAGUUGCUUCGUGGCUGGUAGAUGCUCUUCGUCGUGGGUUGGGUGUCCACCAUGCUGGUAUGAACCGACGAUAUCGUCAAGUAGUGGAGAUGCUGUUCCGUCAGGGUUAUCUCAGAGUCGUUGUUGCCACUGGAACGUUGGCUCUUGGUAUCAACAUGCCCUGCAAAACCGUUGUGUUCAGUGGCGAUUCUGUUUUCUUAUCCCCUCAGAACUAUCGACAGGCUUCUGGCCGUGCCGGACGGAGAGGCUUUGAUCUCUUAGGUAAUAUUGUCUUCAAUGGCAUUCGUCCAGAACGGGUUCACGAAAUCAUGUCCUCGCGCCUCCCGGCCCUCAAAGGCCAAUUCCCGAUCUCGACAACCCUCAUUCUCCGCCUUCUUGGUCUUCUCGAUGGCACAAAGAACUGCGACUUUGCAGUCAAUGCAGUACACUCACUUUUGUCGCAAACUCGGCUGUACCUAGGAGGACCAGAGGCUGAGAUGUCUGUAAAGCACCACCUGCGAUUUUCGAUCGAGUAUUUGCGACGACAGAACCUUAUAUCGGCUAAAGGAGCACCUGUGAACUUUGCAGGACUAGUUGGUCACCUGUACUUUACAGAGAAUGCUGUUUUUGCAUCCACUCCUUACUUCGGGGUGGAGCGAACUUCAAAGAUUGCCGCUGUAGCAGCCCGGUCGUCUUCGGAGAUCUUUCUCAGACGUCUGCCAGAUUCAGCAGAGAAGCUCCUCGUGCGCCACAAUCAGGAUACAUUAUCCAUCUUUAAAGACUACGUCGAGUCGUACAUCAACCAGCACCUCGGAGACAAACCAGACCGAGAAUUGCCUUUGACUAAAGUAUCAUCUGUGCCUAAGGAUGCAUGCAAGCCCUCUUUCAUGGGUGGAAACCGGCCCAUCGUUCGGUCACCAUUUGCAGCUCUGUCUGGAUUUGGUGAUAACUUCACAUCCAUCAAGGAGUUGUGUUCAGACGUGAGGAGCGGUGUCUUCUUAGAAGAAUCCGCUAUACCAUUUAUCCCUAUCUACCCGCACGACACUCAUACCGAAUUCAACGCUUAUCUCUAUGACUUUUUCAAACAUGGCAGUUUGCCGGUACUAGUGCGCGACAACCGUAUCAAACAGGGAGAUGUUUGGUUCCACCUCAAAGACUUUUCACUCACACUCAAGACCAUUGUGACCAGUCUCAAGGGCGUCAUGAGUGCUGAGGAAGACUACGACUGGGAUGUUCUUCACGAAGAUGACAAUCAGAUGGAUGAACAGGGCGUGGGUCUGGACGAAUUCGAGAUACAAAAUCCAUCUGAGGUCGUUGAUAAGACUCCCAAGCUCUCUGCAAAGAGCAAGUCCAAGAUCAAAGUUGCAGAUAGUUGGGAUGAUGAUGAAAGUGAAGAGUCAGAGAACGAAAGCAUUGGGUCAACUGCUGCCAACACUUCAGGAAAUCUAUCAGAGGGAGACCGAAAGGGUGGGUUAAUGUUCGUCCUGAAGGCAUUCAAGUUGUUGGAAGAAGAAUUCGGAGAGAAGUUCUACAAGAUCGGUGCAUAG